CCAUUCACCUGUCCCCCUGCCCGGUUCAGGAUGCAGCCUGCUUCUGCAAAGUGGUAUGAUCGAAGGGACUAUGUCUUCAUUGAAUUUUGUGUUGAAGAGAGUAAAGAUGUUAAUGUAAAUUUUGAAAAAUCCAAACUUACAUUCAGUUGUCUUGGAGGAAGUGAUAAUUUUAAACAUUUAAAUGAAAUUGAUCUUUUUCACUGUAUUGAUCCAAAUGAUUCCAAGCAUAAAAGAACGGACAUAUCAAUUUUAUGUUGUUUACGAAAAGGAGAAUCUGGCCAGUCAUGGCCAAGAUUAACAAGAAAAAGGGCAAAGCUUAAUUGGCUUAGUGUGGACUUCAAUAAUUGGAAAGACUGGGAAGAUGAUUCAGAUGAAGACAUGUCUAAUUUUGAUCGUUUCUCUGAGAUGAUGAACAACAUGGGUGGUGAUGAGGAUGUAGAUUUACCAGAAGUAGAUGGAGCAGAUGAUGAUUCACAAGACAGUGAUGAUGAAAAAAUGCCAGAUCUGGAAUAAAGAAUGUUGUCGUCCCUGGAUUUUGAGAAAGAAAAAUAACUUCUCUGCAAGAUUUCAUAAUUGAGAGAAUUCCUGAGUUGAUAGCUCUAAAGGCAGAUGCUGCAUUUGCCUCCUUUAACCCAUUUUCAACCUGUUUGUUUUCUUAAAGGCUUCACUAAGGGUUGAUAUAUACCAUUGUAUGGGGCAAUUUUAAGUCAGCUAAGGCAAUAACCUUAUGCAUGAACAUUUCCCAGACUUCCAUGAUGCUGUUGAGGUCCUAGACAAUUGAUACAGCAGUUGUGAUAAAUAAAAACAUUUCACCUAAGUCUCCUUUACUUCAUAACAUAGAUACUGACAUGAUAGGAAGCUCUUGGAUCAUGGAAAGAUAACUAAGUUUUAGAUUUUAGAACAUGGACUCAACCUGGCUGAAACAAAUUGAUUGAUACCUUAAACUGGUAACCUAUUGUUCCUCUGGUAUAUUCUUCAGGAUUGUUCCACUGAAGUUUUAUUUUUCAAAAAUUUUACUUCACAUUGUACAUAAGUGAUCACUUGUCAGUGUUCCAAAUGUAUCUUAGCUAAACCUAGUGAAUGCCCUAACUUAGAUGGUUUUUGAAGCCUGUACAUUUGGUAUUGUUUGACCCUUAAACUUUUACAUCUCUUAGCAUGGAGGACAAAGAAAGGCUGUACAUUGUUGCUUGAGAGUCUGUACAUUUAGACCAAAUUUGUAUUUGCACUGUCAGUAUGGCAAAUGAGUGAAAAAAUGUUAUUAAUACACUAUUGGAUUUUUUUAUUUCUUUUUUUUUUUUUUGAUCCAGCUUGUACCAGGGCUGAAAACCUCAAUUUAUGUUCAUGACAGUGGGGAUUUUUUUAAAUGUCUACAUUCUUUCUAAUAAACUGUUGGAAGACUUAA